CCCAGAUCGCCUGCUCUCCCUGCUGCACUCGUGACUACUGUCCUUGACAGUCAUCAUGCCUUGGGGUCGAAGACGGAAGCUCUGUGUCUCCCAGGAACACCACCGGUCCCACGGUGAAGCCCUGUAUCAGGGGGAUGCCAUGGCGGAGGUACUGGCCUCCUCGCCCCGUCCUUCUAUUGAAGCUGGGGAGCAGAGGAAGCCUGGUGAUAAGUCGUGUAACACUGUCAAGUGGCCUGAGAGAGCCCUGUCCACCAUCUCUCAGUCCGCAGAUGUUUCGAGCACAGGAUUAUCUGAAGGAGCCAACUGCAACAUGAAGAGCAAGACACAUUCCUUCAAGGCCCCACUUUCCCAGGUUCAAUCGCAGAAAGACUGGCUGAUCGAGAUGGUCAGUAUGCUAGUGCAGUUCCUGAUGCAGAGGUGCAAAAUGAAACAGCCUAUUAAGAAGGCAGAAUCGCUGAAAAGUGUCAAGAAAAAGUACAAAAAUCGCUCCCAUGAGAUCCUCGUAAGAGCGUCUUCCAAGAAGGAGGUGGUAUGUGGCGCUGACCUAAGGGAAGUUGAUGGCGCGAAGCUAUUUACCCUGGUCAGCAAAAUGGAUGUCCCCAGCCAUGGGAGGGUGAGCGGUGACAGCAGGGCCUUUCCCAAGUAUGAUCUCCUGAUACAUAUCCUGGGCAUGGUCUUCAAGAACAGCAACAGUGCCACUGUACAGAAGAUCUGGGAAUUCCUGACCAAGAUGACACUAUAUGCCGGAAAGAGGCAGUUCCUAUUCGGGGAGUCAGAGAAGCUCAUGACCCAAGAUUUUGUGAAGCUCAAAUCCCCGGAGCACCACCAGGUGCCCAACAGUGAUCCUCCACCUUACGAGAUCCUGUGGGGUCGAAAAGCCCACAACGAAACCAGCAAGAUGAAAGUGCUGGCGUUUUGGGCCAAGAUGAAUCUCACCACCACCAGAGACUGCGUAAUGAGGAAAAGGCCAAGCUACAGUUCCUCGAAGAACUCACACCAACGCCAUGGCAGUGAAUGA